AUGAAUUAUAUUGCUCGUAUUAUCUGGCUUCUAUUGAGCCUAUCAUUUGGCUUCGCUGUUGCACGCAUCCUUUUCGAUUGGGGCGCAUGUGAUAUGCAAAUGCCAUUUAUAUACAAAAAUUUAAUUUCAGCUUAUUUACCUAUUUUAAAUCCUAUUUUUAAUGUUCCAUACGUGCAAAUCAGCAGCUUAUCGACAUCAGUAGUUGCUAAAUUAAUAUUUAACGGUUUUCUUUAUGCAAUUUUCGGCUUUUCCCAUACAUUUUUUGCGCAAGAAUUCGUUCAAGCAGCUCUCGCUCGAUUCUUGUUUCCUAAGCAAACACUUCGAACAGUCUAUUGUAUGAUAGCAACUGUGACCGUAUUUAUUAUUAUGGGCUUUUGGCAACACACAGGAAUACAACUAUGGAAUUGGUUACCAUCAACAAUGAAUAAUUAUCAACAGCAGCUUGUUUUACUUGUUACACAUCAUAUCAUAUUUGCACCAGGAUGGUAUAUCAUAAUUAAGUUCAAUCCAUUUGAAUUUGGUGGCCUUCAACAAAUCUUCAGCAGAGCCGAGAGUGCUGGAUGUCCGUAUUCAUCGUCGGCUAAUUCAGAGACGCGAACAAUAGGCAUGCCAAAUUUAGUAACAAGUGGCUUAUUUCAUUAUUGUCGUCAUCCGCUGUACUUAAUUACUAUACUGUCAUGGGUACUUACACCUGUUAUGUCGCUAGAUCGUUUCGUUUUGGUUAUCUACACAUGCUUAUAUGCAUUAAUUGGAAUUCCUUUCGAAGAACGUAAAUUAGUUCAAAUCUUUGGUCGAGCUUAUGUUGACUAUCAACAACGUGUACCUGCUAUUAUGCCUCGUUUUACCUCGAAAACAAAAAAGAACUAA